UCGCCGUCCAUCUAGUGCUAGUAGAAGUAGACCAAGUUCUGCAUCAUCCAGUCGAUCAGUUGCUUCAAAUGUUUCCUCAGCACCUUCUCAUGCCUCCCCAUCACCUAAUAUCAUUUCAUUGUCACCAAGCACUGAUCCUGUAGUACCAUCACAACAUAGACCUUCAUCUUCGCAUAGUAGACAGUCUGUACAGGAACCUGUGCAUAGCUCACAAGUUCAUAUAGAUCCAUCAAGAUCACCACCAAGACAACUGCAUUCAAGACAAAUAUCACCACAAUCUAGACAGUCACCACAGUUAAAUAAGAAGUCCCCGCCACAUCAGACCUCACCAUCUAAGACACCAGUAGAGAAAUCAUUGCCAGGUGGUCAAGAUUUUCCUGACAGUGUAAGUGUUGAAUCAAGAUCAAGUGAAAUGAGACCAGGCAGUAGGUCAAGGAAAUCAUCAAGAUCAGAUACAGAUUUAGAUAGUAAUAGUGAUAUAAGAUCAUCUAAAGAUAGUAUACCAUCAUUAAGAAACUCAGGAGAUUGCAGUGAUGCUCAAUCUACUUUAAAAGAUGAAGAUGAUAGUCAACAGUCUGUAGUCUGUCCUAAGAAAGAUGUUAAGAAGAAGAAGUUUUUAAGAAAUCAUAUAAAGAAUAGAGGUGAUAGUUUAGAUGAUGAUAAAAGUGAAGUGGAUUCUAUAUGUAGUAGUAAAUCUAGUAAAACUAUUUUUGAUAAUCCAAAACCAGUUGCUAGACACCGUCCUUUACCUAAGCCACCAAUUAAGAUAGAGGAAGAUGGUAACAUACCUAAACAACGAGAAGAUAACAGAAGCAAAGCUAAAUCUAGUGAUUCUUCAUCCAGAUCAUCCAGUAUAUCUAGUUCUAAAGAAGAUGGUGAUGUUGAACCAACUCCAAGGAGUUUACCAAAUCUAUCAGCUAGAGAAAGAAGGAGACAGAAAAACCCAGCCUCAAUGUCUGCUGAAAAUCCAAAUUCAGCUAGAAUAAGAUUGCGAAAAUUACCAGAAAGACAUGGAUCAGAACGUAUAACAAGAUCAGAGAAAGCUGAUAGUACUGAACCAGUUAGAGCUAUACAUCCUAUAAUGAAGAAACCAAUCAGACAGCCCUCUAUUAAUGAUGAUACUAGUUCAUCAUCAGAAGAAUUACAACCAAAACAAGAUAGUAAAGAACAGGCUAAAAGAAGAUAUCAAACUUAUGUUAUAGAUACUGAAUCACAAGAUGUUUGUGCUUGUCACCCUGCCAAUAGUGGAACACGUCCACACAUUAUGGUGGCCACACAUGAAGUGACGCUACAACAGUCCCGCACGCCAAGCAUGCACGUGCAGGCUACUAAAUAUUCAUGA